GACAAACAGCUGAUCUGACACCGCAGCACACAGCUGAUCAAUAGCACCCCACCCAUUCGCGUAUUUCCGCAUCUUACCAGCUGCCUCUCCACUCUUUUAGAUGCCUUUAAAGAUGCUCCGCGAGGUUUAAGGAACGGCCCCAACGCUCGUCUACCUGUUGACGUGUCCGAUCAGAACCUUUUCUCCCGCGCCACGUCCAAAUAACUACGUGCCUGCAGCCGCGCUGACGUGGUGACGCAACUUUUGGUUACCGCCUCUCAAGUUCCCCUUUUAAAAUCAGAAACAUGAACAACAUUCCUAAAGAAUUCUUUCUAUUACAAUCGUACUUAUUUAUUUUUAUUUAUUUAUUUAUUUAUUUAUUUAUUUAUUUUUCCAUUUACGUGCGUUUUGACUCAACAUGUUGUGUUUUCCAUUUACAUGCAUGAGUAAACUGUACAAAAUGAUGUCAAGGUUAAUUAAUUGUUCAGUAUUCAAAAAUAUUUGUUGAGUUCCAUCGAACCGUAUUGUCACUUAUGUCGUACUGUAGUUGCAACAAGAGGACAGCAUCUGUAACUCAUGGCAAUACCCGGUAAAGCCACAAGAGGGCAGCAUCUAUUAUUUAUGGCAAUACCCAGUAAAGCCACAAGAGGGCAGCAAUUGUAAAUCAUGGCAAUACCCAGUAAAGCCACAAGAGGGCAGCAUCUAUGAUUCUUGCCAAUACCCAGUAAAACCGCAGGAGAGCAGCAUUUGUAACUCAUGAGAAUAUCCAAUAGAGCAGGGGUCUCCAACUGGCGGACCGCGGUCCGGGUCCGGACCCCGAGACCCUUUUAUCCGGACCCCAGAAAGAAUUAAAAAAGGAUAACCUACCCACAAAAGGCUGGACUAAGGGAGGAAACCAUAACCAUAUCCAUUUUGGUGAGACUAUUCCAUUUUUUUCUUUUUUUGGACUUCUGUUCCUGGUGGAUCUAUAUUUUUUUGGACGCUGGAAUUUUACAUGAACACUGGAAGAAAGACUAAAUAGCCUAAAGAGACUGAAAAGAAUAAGAGGAAAUUUUUUCAUUUUGUUUUGGGGGGGGAAUUUAAAGAAUAUGUGUUUAUUUGUUUGAAUAGUUUGUGUUGAUUAAAAAGGGAAAUUAGUUAAACCCUGAUUUAGGUAAAGAGUGUAAUUCAUGCAACUCGUUACAUAUGGUGGCCAGUAUGGGGAGCUAAUUUCCUUCAAUAUAGGACUAUUUACAUAGUUUCAUUUUUGGUAAGAAUAAUGGCAACUUCAAAAUGUCAGGAGGUAAAUGAACUGACUGCACCUGUUGCUGUGCCAGGCACCAGUCAUGUCUUAGAUGACCUAAAUUUAACUGCGGGUCCGUUUGUCACGCGAAGAGGUAACUCUGCUAGUAAAAUAACUUCUUUGCUAAAUUCUUUGUAUUUAAAUGAGAAUGAUGAUAAAGAUGAAGACAGUGCUGGUGAAAAUGUUGAUGAUCCUGUACCAGUUGAUCAUGAUGAUGGUGAUGCUGAAAAUGUAUAUCCUGAGGGAUGUGAUGACAAUGUUGAAACUGGAGAUAAUGAGUUGGAUCCUAACGCACAAACGGAUCAUGAAAAAAUAGCUCAGGAUGUUGCCAGCUUGAAAGAACAAAUUACUAAAUUAGAAGUUCACUUUAGAGACACACUGACCAGCUCCCUUAACAGAGAAAGCAGUUUCAGGGAUUAUGUUGAUGCUAGUCUUGCUAAGCUAGAAGAGAUGUUUACUUCUAACAUAGAAAAACUGGAGAAGGAUGUAGUUAAUUGUAUGUUGCGCAGAGAUGAAAAAUGGAAAAAACAGCUUGAAAAAUUCAGAACCACUAGCACUCCCAUUGUACAAAGAACCAUAGCUGUUUCCACAGAUGUCAGCCCCACACCUCCAACUAAUAUUCAUCACUCCUCUUUUUCUAGUCAGCCUGGUGCAGCUCCAUACUAUCCAAAACCACCUGUUAGGAUGGACUUUCCUACGUUCGGGACCUCUAGUGAUUCAUCUGCUGUCCUCACUUUCAUUGAACAAUGUGAAAACUAUCUCGAUAUUAGACCUCUAUCCAACCAUGAGUUGCUGGGAGCCCUGUCUGCAGUCCUAAAGGGACCAGCUCUCAGCUGGUGGAAAGCCACAAAAGCUCUUGUGCACGACUGGUCGUCAUUCAAACAUGCAUUUAUGUCUGCUUUCCUUGCUUCUGAUUAUUUGAAUGAGGUUGAGGAAAAAUUAAGAACAACAGUACAAAAACCAGAUCAGUGUCUCAGAGACUUUGCUUAUGAUUAUCGAGCUUUAUGUUUGAAGUGGAAGCGAGAGAUGACAGAAGAAGAAAUUGUGCAACGCAUUCUCAAUAACAUCAACCCAAAAGUUGCUGGUUGUCUAAGAGGGACUGUCUCCACAGUAGCACAGCUCGUCAAAAUAGGAGCCAUGGUUGAGAAGGAUUGCAUGGGGGCCCGAGAAUAUUGGCAGAAAGUGCAUGCCAAUUCUGAAAAACCCAUCAAGAAAACCUCUGAGAGGAAACCCUUCCAAAAAGGUGCAGUAGGGGUCACUGUUGUGCAACAAAGACUUGUUAAAAAUAAAGACCCCAACCUUUUAAUUGUUCCAAUUUCCAUCAGAGGGUUUGAGGGCGAAGCUGUAGUGGACACAGGUAGCUCAUUUACACUUAUGCAGGACACCCUUUGGAAGCAAGUUUCCAGAGAAGAAGAGAAUUUUCAACCUUCAGAAAAACAGCGUUUUGUGAUGGCGGAUGGAACGGUUCACCAGGCUUUGGGCAAGAAAACUGUUGGUCUCGAAUGGCAUGGAGAACAGUGGCCUGUGACAGUGCAUGUGAUGAAAGAUGACCAUCUUGUUUUUCCACUAGUCCUUGGUCUGGAUUUUCUUUCCAAGUCCAGGGCCGUUCUCAAUCUGGCCAAAAAUACUUAUGGCCUGGAGAAAGACCAAAGAUACAUCUACCAUUCAUUCAUCUCACCAGCCAAAGUUCCCAAAAAGUGGAACAAAACAGCAAUACCAUCUUUUCUUUCUCCUGCUCAUAUUUACUAUGCCCUGCGCCCUGGUGAGCUUCCUCCUGUGGGGGCUGUUGGGACUUCUGACCCAAUUUCCAACUACGACACAGAUUCCCCUGAACUGCUCCAACAACUUGUGAAUGACUGGCCCACAGUCACCUCUGGUGUUCUGGGAAAGACCAAUGUUGAGAAGCACACCAUCUUCUUACAAGACAAUCUUCCAGUGAGAUCCAGAGCCUAUCGAGUGUCUCCUGUGAAAAAGAAAAUAAUUGAAGAGCAUGUGGCCAAAAUGUUAAAGGAUGAGAUAAUCGAACCAUCCCAGUCAGCCUGGUCAUCUCCUGUGGUCCUCGUAGAUAAACCAGAUGGAUCCUAUAGGUUCUGCGUGGACUACAGACGAGUAAACGCCAAGACCUUACCUGAUGCAUAUCCAAUGCCUAUAAUCCAUGAUAUCUUGGAGUCCAUGGAUGGCGCCUCCUGGUUUAGCUCCUUAGAUUUGCAGUCAGGUUACUGGCAGGUGGCCAUGGCAGAACAAAGUAAGCCACAAACCGCUUUCAUCACAUCUCUUGGACUCUUCCAAUUUAAAUGUAUGCCGUUUGGACUAAGGAAUGCUGCUGCAACUUUUCAACGUCUCAUGGAGAAAGUCUUAGGGGAGCUGAGGGGAAAGACAUGUUUCGUCUAUAUAGACGACAUCAUUGUCUACUCAAAAACUCAAAAAGACCACCUGAGAGACUUGUCUAGUGUGUUCCAACGCCUGCAUGCUGCCAACCUAACCCUGAACAUGAAAAAAUGUAACUUCUUCAAAAGACAACUAAAGUUUCUAGGCCACAUUGUCUCUGGAAAAGGUGUGGAAGUAGACCCUGACAAGACUCGAGCUGUUUCAGAUUUCCCAACACCAACUGAUGUAAAAGCUCUUCAACGCUUCUUGGGCCUUGCCGGGUGGUAUCACAAGUUUAUUCCUCACUUCUCUGACAUUGCUGCUCCUCUCAACCACCUAAAGAAAAAAGGAGUUGAGUGGAACUGGACUGAUGGAUGUCAGGCUAGCAUGGACACUCUAAAAGAGGCUCUAAAAUCUCCAACCGUGCUUGCUCAACCAGACCUUUCACUUCCUUUCCAAGUUCACAUGGAUGCCAGUGACGGAGGCCU